GUGUGUGUGUUUGCGCUUAUCCUCUAGUCAUUCAUCGACCAAAACUGUGUUAACUCUUAAGUGUAAUUUAUAAGGUCUCUUGAGCUAUAAAGAUGACAACGGUAGUGGAAAUGGAAGUGCCAAUGGACUGUCCCGGGUGCGAGAACAAAGUUAAGAAAGCUCUUGAAAAGAUUAAGGGAGUCCACGAUGUUCAGAUAGACUCAAAGCAGCAGAAAGUAACGGUGACUGGUUCGGCCGAGCAGAAGAAAGUUCUGAAAGUUGCUAGGAAUGUUACAAAGAGAGAUAUAUGCUUAUGGUCGUACCCUUACAACCCCGAAUCUAAUGGAUAUAACGACAGGUACUUCAAGAAGAAGUUUCGCAAAAGAAUCAACAUGUCGGUGAACGGUGAGAAAGUGAGUUCCUACAACUACCACAAGCAUGGCUACCACGGACACGAGCAUGGAUACUACCAAGAACGGCCUUAUUCAGGUCUUAUCGAUCAGAGCGCUAGUUCUAUAUUCAGUGAGGAAAACCCUCAUUUCUGCAGCAUCAUGUGAUCGACCUUCUUAUUUCAGCAACUAUGUGGGUGGAACAACUUUUGUUCGGUUUUUAUUUGGUUUUGGAUAUGCUUCAUUGUAUAUAAAUCAUAGAACCGGAUCAAACCCAAAUAAGGCCGUUCUUUUAUGUAAUAAAAUUGUUUUCGUUUUAGAUUUGGUUAAAUUAGGGAAAGGUCGGGUGUAUGUAUAAGUGGCUUUGUUGUUGCCUUCUUCGGUUGUAAGUGAAAACACUAUGUGGAUAGCUCUUCUGUAACAUUCUGAAAAACUCAACGCUCAAAUCAGUAAUUUAAUAUUUAAUUAGGAUUUGUUCUAGUCAAACCUGAAAAGAUGAUUUACUUCGUAAUAUGAUGUAUUUAGGCUCUUUUUGGGCGAAAAAUAAAGUAAUGGUAUAGUCUUCACUAA